UUCACCUCAUUCGAAUCAACAUUCUCGAUCAGUGCAAAUCGUUCUCUAGUUUGCACGGAGAAAAUUUGGCUUUUUCGAUUGCUGUGACUUGAAAUUGAUUUAUUUUAGCAUUUAAGUAGUUGAAAUUGGAUUUAACAAUGGCUGCAAUAGAGUUAACGCCACAAAAUGUUGAAAAGAGUUCCGAAAGUGCAAAUGCGAUCAAAGAAUGUGAUACGGUUGAAGAGACAAAGAACGGUUUCCUCAAGUCAAACGGAUGGAAAACCACGUUUUUUGUAGUUUUGAUUUCGCUUUGUGUUCGGAGUUUAAUCCAUUCAAAAGCACCCAAGUAUAAUAAAAAUGCAAAAGGAUUCCUGCAAUUAGUGCCAGAGAAAUAUUUAGAUAGCGAACUAGUUGAAUGGGAACCUGCACCAGAACCGAUCAGUCGACCAGAAGAGCCAGGAAAUUUGGGUAAUGUGGUGAAUAUUCCAUCAGAAUUGAAAGAAGAAGCCGACAAACGUUGGUCAGAACAUCGAUUCAACAUCAUUGCUAAUGAAAUGAUGUCGCUUAAUCGAACUAUGCCCGAUAUUCGUUAUCCAGAAUGCAAGCCCAUUCAAUAUCCAAAGAAAUUGCCACAAGUAUCGAUAGUCAUAGUGUAUCAUAAUGAAGCUUGGUCGACUCUGAUUCGAACCGUUUGGAGUGUAAUCACACAAUCACCUCGAACACUGUUGAAAGAAAUUAUUCUAGUGGACGAUUUUAGUACGUUUGAACACUUGGGAAAACCAUUGCAAGAUUAUGUGCACAAUUUCCCAGUUCCAGUUUUAUUGGCCAGAACAAUGGACCGCGUUGGAUUGAUUCAAGCACGUUUAUUAGGGGCCAGUAAAGCGAAGGGCAAAGUGUUGCUGUUUCUCGACGCUCACUGUGAAUGUACUCGAGGUUGGUUGGAACCGUUGUUGAAGCCAAUCGUCGAAAGUCGAACAACGGUCGCAGCUCCAAUCAUCGAUGUAAUCCACUAUGAUACGAUGGAGGUGCGUACGGCUGAAAUAAAUUCACGUGGUGCAUUCGAUCUGAGUCUUACAUUCACUUGGGAUAAAAUACCGAAAGAAGUUUUGGCUUCUCUGAAAAACGAUCGCACCGCUCCAAUCAUAUCGCCUGCGAUGGCAGGCGGUUUAUAUGCAAUUGAUCGCGAAUACUUCUACAAUUUGGGUUCGUACGAUGAGAAAAUGAAAAUCUGGGGCGGUGAAAAUCUGGAAAUGUCGGUUCGCGUAUGGACAUGUGGAGGUACACUAAUUUCGGUGCCAUGCAGUAGAGUGGGACAUAUUUUCCGCGAUAAUUCACCGUAUGUUCUUCCCGGUGGAGCCGAUCAUGUGAUUGCCCAUAAUUUAGCGAGAAUGGCCGAAGUGUGGAUGGACGAGCACCGGCACACCUUUUAUGCCUACUCACCGCGAGCACAACGGGAAAUCACCAAUGUUACCGAACGAAAAUUGCUGCGAGAAAGACUUCAAUGCAAGCCAUUCAAGUGGUUUUUAGAAAAUAUUUUCUCCGAAAGUCCAUUCAAUAUUCCAAACUAUAAACUGGUCGAGAUCGAAAGCGUGUUGGAAGAUGAAUCGUGCCUCGACUCAAUGGGAGAUUCACGUGUUCUCAAUCGGAAGUUGGAGCUAAAAACGUGCCAUCAUCAAGGCGGAAAUCAAGUAUUUAUGAUAACGGACAAAGGUGAAAUUCGUGAAAAGAAAUUCUGCUUGGAUGCAACCAAACCCGAUGAACCGGUAAUGAUGCUAGAGUGUCACGGUGAAGGCGGAAAUCAAUUCUGGAGUUUUGACAACAUGACUAACCUGAUUAGACACCAAGACACCAAAGGCAGAAAUUGUUUAACGCUACAAGAGGAAACUGAUGUGCUAACGAUCGAAGAGUGUGACGGUUCUGAAGCUCAACAGUGGUAUAUGGCACCGCCGAGCUCACAACGAAAUCACAACUGAUUAACUUAUAAAUUAAUUCAUAAAUUCUGACGAUUUCAAGUUCAAGCGGUUAAGAAAUGUGUAAAAAUCAAAAUAAAAAUUGUGUCAAAAAAAACACAGUUUACGCACGGUCCAACCGGUAUGCGUGGCACGCGCUCCAUAGAUUUCCUCUAAUUUUAAGCUCACGAGUUUUUAAAAAUAAAUAUAGCAUCGGAUUAAAUGUCAAUUCAAAAUCGAAAA